AUGGUCGCCACGCCCGCGCCGAGCUGCCCCUCCGGGGGAGCAAGCUGCAAAGUUUCUCAGGGGGUUCUGGGCUUCUUCUGCAAAGGCUUCAGCAUGAUGAGCUACCGCAAUGUCUCGCCCCGGACUGCGCUGUGUGUGAUCAAGGCUGGAACCUUCUGCCGGACAAUGUGGCCGUUGAUUCCCCCUCUCAUGCUGUACCAAUACAUCCGACAGACGGACGACGAAAUGCGAUCGGUCGAGUUUCUCCAGAGCCAGAGCAGAAGCACAAACGCGCUUUCUUUCUUCGAUACUCGCAAGGCGAACAGCACGGGACACUGGCGUCUGCAGCAGGAUCUCGCGGUAAUUGACCGCGAGGUCAACUCGGCGCAGCCCGUGCAGGCAGCUGCUGUCGAAGGUGCGAAAGAGGCCGCAAAGACCAAAAACGGAAAGUGA